AUGCCAAUCGUCGGUAAGAUUUCAUGCUAUCACAGCAAUGGAUGUCUGAGAUUAGAAAAGAGAGUCGACAAAGAGGAGAGGGGAGAUAUGGUGCGAGAGGAGAGUCGAGAUGGUCGAGGGUUCGAAGGACGAGCCAUGGCUAGCAGAAGAGCGAGCGGUGGCGGCGACAGUUUAGGAGGAGGAAGCAGGACCCACCUAUCAAACAGAGGAAAAGGCACAACCGGAGGCAGAGGUUUCGGAGGAGAGGGCUUCAAAGAGGGCAGCAUUUUCUUGGCCAUCAGUGCAGAACCGGCGCUGGAGGCCAGGGCUAACACCGACAAUGAAGGAAUUAGGCUUGACUCGGGGCUCGAUGCAAGUCACCUGUUUUUAGAGAAAACGCGUUUUAAUAAUUUCAGGCUUUAA